UCCAGACUCCAGAGCGUGUCGGCUCCUCUCCGCAACACAGGUCAGCCGCGGCGUCGGCCUUCGCCUCCCCCAUGGCCUUCCAUUCCUCCGUCGCCCCCAUCCCCUUCGCCCCACCUCACGGGCCCGGAGCCUUCCACCGAGCCGCCCACCCCGCCGGAGCCUCCCGACCCGGCGCGCCCUGGAGGAGUCCCGUCGCCCGCUCGUCCGCCUCGCCCGACGUCGUGGUCACGCGCGAGCGAGGCAAGAACGCCAAGCUCGUCGCCGCUCUGGAAAAGCAUAAUGUGCACUCUCUGGAGCUUCCUCUUAUUCAGCACGUCCAAGGGCCUGACGCAGAUAGGCUUUCAGCUGUCUUGCGGGAUGAAAAGUUUGACUGGAUUACUGUAACAUCUCCUGAGGCAGCUGCAGUGUUCCUUGAGGGAUGGAAGGCUGCUGGAAGUCCUAAGGUGCGAAUAGCAGUUGUUGGAGCAGGUACUGCAAGAACUUUUGAUGAAGUAUUGCAAUCUAAUGAUGGAUCCCUUGAGAUUGCAUUUUCUCCUUCCAAAGCUUUGGGCAAAGUUUUGGCCUCUGAACUUCCAAGGACUAGUGAAACUGCCUGUAAAGUGUUGUAUCCUGCAUCUGCAAAGGCUGGCCAUGAAAUUCAGAAUGGGCUUUCAGCUCGAGGAUUUGAGGUGACAAGACUGAACACCUAUUCAACUGUACCUGUACAAGAUGUAGACCCACAGAUUUUAAAUCUUGCUCUUUCAACACCAGUUGUUGCAGUAGCUUCUCCUUCUGCACUCCGGGCGUGGCUAAAUCUCACGUCACGGGUUGACGACUGGAGCAACUCGGUCGCCUGCAUAGGCGAGACGACGGCGUCAGCGGCCAAGAAACUCGGCCUGGAGAGCGUAUACUAUCCUGCAACCCCUGGACUCGAAGGGUGGGUUGAAAGCAUCCUGGAAGCGCUCAGAGCCCAUAAGCAAUCGUCCAAGUGACUGAGGCGUCGGCGCUCGGCAGCUCUCUUUGAAUUUUCCUUCUCGGUUACCGUGGCAACCUUCUUUCUUUCUCAUCUCGCUAGGCCCCAAAGUGUCGGAGACGAGCACGGCUGGGCUGAUUGACCGGCCGGCCGCUGCAGCCUCCUGUAGCAGGUGCAUAUUUUGAGGAACAUGUGUUUGCGUUUCCUGCUAAUCACACGCACGCACGCGUAACGCUGCGCGUGCUUUGCGCCGUGCGUGAAGAGGGCCGGCACAUCAUCGGCAUCGGCAUGUAAAUGUGGUGAGGCGUGCAGUACGGGCACGGCGUGUACACCAGUGUUCCCUGAUUCAGUGCAACCUUUUUUCCCCUUUUA